CGAGGGGCGGCGGACUAACGAAACUAACGCGGAACUAACAGGGCCCAAAAACAACAAACGCCUUGCAUUCCGUCGCCAAGAAGCGACUACAGCCGAGGAUGCAUUUUGGACACGACUCCAAAUCAAAGCAGGCGACGUCGAGUUUGAUCGAUAAAAGUCAACUGUUUGGAGCGCCCGACGUGGAGCUAAUCAGAACUCGUCCGAUGAGUAGUACGUAGUCGUCAGUAGACUGUUAAACCGAACGAAAACGGCAAACGGCUGAAACAAUCACGGAUACGGACAGAGUCAAGGUAAGAAGGAAGCCACUAUGGAAGAGCUCCAGGAUGCCAGCAUCCAUCACAUGACCGCCAAGGUGAUUACGGCCAUCAAGAGCACCAAAUGCUACGAGCCCUUGUUCAAGGAGCUGCAGCGACUGGUCUGCAAUCCCACGGUGGAUACCCAUGACAUGCGCAACACCUUGGAGGACGCCAUCAAGGGUGCCGGCCUCGAGACGGAAAUCCGUAACAUUGUCUACAAUCUGGUCCGCAGCCGCCUCACCAAGUCCGAGGAGAAGGCCCAGACCAGCAAACAAAAUUCGAAACCCACCGUUAGCGAUCCCCUUGGCUACUUGAAAAGGGCGGGAGUCCUUUGGGAUCGCAGAGUGCGAAAGAGCCUUAAUGCCAUGUGCACCGAACUCAAGGUCCCGCUGCAUGGCCAGCCCAGGAUCAGUGCCGACCGAGAGGACUUUAUGGCCAAGUGGAACGAGUUGAGCAACUACAAUAUGGAUUUGGCAAACUAUAGACCCGUUUACGCACCCAAGGACCUGUUGGAAGUGCUCCUGUCUCUUAAAGGACCAGCUAAGACCACCGAACACACAGACCAUAUCCCCCAAUGGGAAUUCUCACACAUAGCUCUUCCUGUAAAAAAUCUCUUCGAGCUGAGAGCCCAUUACGCAGAUCUCCUGCGCAGUGACAGUUAUUUGGGUGUUCCGGAUCUAACUGUCCAGUGCCAACGUAUCCUUGAGGCCAGACAUGCUCCAAUGUGUCAGCAGUUUUUAAAGAAGGGCUGUACUCCAGCUCCCUAUCGGGGAGCCUUGUGGGCCUCUGUGCUGGACAGCAAGUUGCACGAUUACGAUAUCGAAUACUGGCAAAAAUUGCGCAAUUCCGUGUGGACCACGGAUCACAUAGUGGACAAGCUGGUGUUCAAGGACAUCCAGCUGACUGCUUCCAACGACGACCAGUACUUCGUGUUCGAGGACGUGCUCUACCAAGUGCUGCUCUGCUUUUCCCGGGACACAGACAUCGGCGGCUGCGUGGAGUACGAAGCCUUUCCGGUCAAGGGCAAGACCUACGAGGGUCCUCCCUCGGGUGUGGUGCCAUUCCACGGCAUCUGCAUGUUCGCAGCCCCAUUCUGCUACUUGUACGACUCCCCAGUAAACCUCUACUAUACCUUCCGUGCCUUCUAUAUCCGCUACUGCCAUCGCCUCACCACGAUCAACACGCAUCCGCAGGGCAUAGUCAGUUUGUGCCUUCUCUUCGAGAAGCUACUCCAGACCUACGAACCCCAACUUUGGUCGCAUUUUCGUGAGCUCCAAAUACAGCCCCUGCGUGUCGUCUUCAAGUGGCUGAUGCGGGCCUUUUCGGGCCAUCUGCCUCCUGACCAGCUGCUGGUGCUUUGGGAUUUGAUCCUUGGCUUUGAUAGCCUAGAGAUUUUACCGCUCUUCGCAAUUAUUAUCCUUAGCUUCCGGAAGGAAAGCAUCAUGCAAGUGGCCUCCCUAGACAGCAUCGAAGCUAUUCUAGCGGAUCUCUCCUCCAUCAAGGUUCUGCCUUUGGUCCAAUUGGCACUAAGUCGGGACUGAAGGAACCUCUAGUAUUCGGUGGGUUUCAUCGUAGUAACUAAAUUAAAGUAUUAGAGUGCAAUAUGAAUUAAAUUUGUCGCAAAUGUAAAAUAUAUUUCUUUAUUA